AUGGUAGAUGACGGAAGAGGCGCGUGUAUUAUUCACCCUCGAGUCCUCGUACAGAUGAGACUCGAGGAUAAAAUAAUACCGCGCUGCAUAACACUAACGGGUUUUAAUAAUGCAGUGGAACAGACCUCUGGAGAGAUAGUGCUGCCCGUUCUGGCCAGAGGUGUCACUUUGGAAAUGACAUUUCACGUCAUGAACCAGGAAACAACUUAUAACGCUAUCAUAGAGCGCCCAUGGAUAUACGCCAUGCGGGUCGUCCCAUCAAGUUUCUGUCAACAAUCAGCCAUAUCGAGAACCAAACCCGACAUACAAAUAGAGGCCAUCAAAGACCCAGAUGUCAUAGAAGCCUGCAAGGAAACCGUAGAGGACCUCGAUCCCGUUCAAUUGGACAACAACGGUAGCACAAGAAAAGCUUAUAUCGGGCACAACCUCUCAGAACCAGAUAUGCCGGGCAUCCCAAGGGACAUCGCCAUACACAGGCUGAAUGUCGACCCCCUCCACACGCCUGUGCGGCAAAUGAGGAGAAAGUUUAACGCUGCAAUCAACGACGUAGUCAGCGAAGAAGUCGAUAAGCUGCUCGCUUAUGGUUCCGUCCAAGAAUCAAAGUAUCCUCAGUGGGCCGCCAAUAUGGUCAUGGUGAAAAAGAAAAACGGGAAGGGGAGGAUAAGAAGACCAACAAAAGACCACUUUCAUCACUCACCGGGAACGUACUGCUACAGAUUCAUGCCAUUCGGACUCAAGAACGCGGGGGCAACAUACCAAAGGUUAGUCACCAAAAUGUUCAAAGAACAACUCGGAAAGACUAUGGAGGUCUACAUCGAUGACAUGCUAGUGAAGUCGAAAAGGAAGGAAGAUCACAUUGAUCAUCUGAAGGAAGCCUUCGGAAUAUUGAGGCAAUACGGAAUGAAACUGAAUCCCGAUAAAUGUGCCUUCGGCAUAACCUCGGGUAAGUUCCUCGAUUUUUUGGUGUCGCAAAGAGGCAUCGCGGUCAACCCAGAUCAAAUCAAGGCCAUUGAAGGAAUACCGGAGACAUUAACCAGCAAGAAGCAGGCAGAUCCAGGUGAAUACCUCCUGGUGUACCUAGCAGUCUCCGAAGUCGCGGUAAGUGCAGUUUUGGUCCGCGACAACAAAGGUACGCAGUCUCCAAUUUACUAUAUCAGCAAAACCUUAAUUGAUGCCGGAACAAGUGCGGAAAUAUUGCCCGAAGUAGAGCAGGAAGCACUCCGCACUUCCGAACGAUCUGACCUAUGGGUCCUCUACACCGACGGCGCAUCUAAUGCGUCAGGAUCGGGACUGGGACUCGUCCUCAAAGUCCCUACGGGCGAAGUGAUUCGCUAA